AUGGCGAAGACGCUGGUUUUAAUGAUGGCCGCGCUGCUUAUCAUCGGCGCUAAUCUUCCGUCGUCGUCGGCUCAAGAAGUUCCCCCAGAUGUCGCGGGGCUUGAAGCUGAGGCGGGCGACAAAGCUUCCUUGGCUGCAGACGCGGGGGCGGAACCAAAAGAUGGCUCGGCUCUUCCAGUUGAAGCUGGCUUGGCUACGAAACCUGAGCCAGCUCUUCCAGAAGAGCCGGCUAAGGAGGAGCCGGCCGAAAAAGAUGGCUCGGCUGAGAAAGACAAAAAGGAUGACAAAGAAGAAUCAAAUGAGAAAGAGAAGUCAGAUGAUAAAGAGAAAGACAAAGAGAAAGACAAAGACAAAGAAAAAGACAAAGAGGAAGACGAAGAUGAGAAAAAUAAGUGUGACAAAAAAGAUAAAAAGAAGUCUGAUGACAAGGAUGAGGACAAGGACGAGAAGAAAGAUAAGGACGAGAAGAAAGACAAAGAGAAGUCAGAUGACAAAGACAAGGACGAGAAGAAGGAUAAAGAUAAAGACGAGAAAAAUGACAAAGAGAAGAAGGAUAAAGACAAAGAUGAGAAGAAAGACAAAGAGAAGUCGGGUGAUAAAGGGAAAGAUGAGAAAAAUGACAAAGAGAAGAAGGAUAAAGACAAAGAUGAGAAGAAGGACAAAGAGAAGUCGGGUGAUAAAGGGAAAGAUGAGAAAAAGGACAAAGAGAAGUCAGAUGACAAGGACAAAGAUGAGGAAAAGGACGAAGAAAAGUCGGGUGAUAAAGGGAAAGAUGAGAAAAAGGACAAAGAGAAGUCAGAUGACAAAGACAAAGAUGAGGAAAAGGACAAAGAAAAGUCCCCUGAGAAAGAUGAGUCGGCGAAAAAUAAGGCACCAGUGGGGCGGCGGCUGUUGUCGGACGUCGAGGACGCCGUUGAUGGGAUGGAGAACGGAGCUAACAGUAUGAAGGAUAAGGUUUCCGGCUAUUUUUGA